CGAGAAAAUAGAAAACUAUCCGUUUUAAACCCUCAAUUUUCCUCUCUCAAUUUCCGCCAUGGCUACUUGGAGGCUCCCGCUUCUCCGCCGCGCUCUUCUUCUCUCAUCUCCGCCAUCACCCUUCUUCAAUUUCUCCACACUCUCCACACCCCUCAAACAAUCCAAAUCGAAACCUUCAUUCGUUGAAUGCUGUUCUCUCUCAACCGAAGAAUCAACAUCCUCCGCCGCCGUCGUCCAAUCAGAAAUCCCCAAAAUGGGUACAAAUUCAAAAUGGAAGCCCAUGUGCUUGUACCACACCCAAGGCAGCUGCACUAUGAUGGAAGAUCCUCUUCACCUUGAUAAAUUCUGCCACAGUUGUUCGGUGGAUUUUGAGGAGAGUGUUCCGGUUUUGAACGAUUCACGGCGGGCUCAAGAGUUCGAUUACUUUCUCGUGCUGGAUUUGGAGGGCAAAGUUGAGAUUUUGGAGUUUCCGGUGCUUUUGUUCGAUGCAAAAACUCUCGAUGUCGUCGAUUUGUUUCACCGGUUUGUAAGGCCUACAAAGAUGAGCGAGAAAAGAAUAAACGAGUACAUCGAGGGGAAGUACGGAGGAUUUGGAGUUGACCGUGUUUGGCACGACACGGCUAUACCGUUUGACGAUGUUAUCGAACAAUUCGAGAGUUGGCUUAGAAAGAAACGAGAUGGAAACAUUAAUUUAUGGAGAGAGGAGGGAGAUGGACAUCUGAAUGAAGCUGCAUUCGUAACUUGUGGAAAUUGGGAUGUGAAGACAAAAAUACCCCAGCAGUGUGAAGUAUCGGGGAUGAAACUACCACCGUAUUUUAUGGAAUGGAUCAACCUCAAGGACAUUUACCUUAACUUCUACAAUAGAAGGGCACCAGGAAUGCUUUCGAUGAUGAGGGAACUUGGGAUUAGACCAUUAGGAAGCCACCAUCUUGGUAUCGACGAUUCAAAAAAUAUUGCUAGAGUUUUGCGGCGUUUAAUUACCGAUGGUGCCCUUAUGCAAAUCACCGCUAAACGAUCCCGUCUUUCUCCUCAUGCUGUUAAGUUUCUCUUUCAAAAUCGUGUUUGAAUAGAAAUUUUUUUUUUUCCGGUGAUUGAAACUAUCAUUUUGUUUAUCUACUAAUUUUUUUUCUUUCUUUCUACUAA